UGAAUAUUCAUCAGAUAAGUUUUGAACGCCAGCCCAUGUGAAUUUUAUGACAGAAAGUAUUUUGCAUCCACUUCAAUAUCAGCAAUUCAAAGAAUUUACAGCAUGAGCAGGAGAGACAUUUUGGGAAGAGUCGUCAAUCUGUCAAGACGCCAUGGUUACGUAUACUCCUCGGGACACCUGAGGCCAUCGAUGGGGGUGAAAGGUUGCUUUGACUAUGGGCCUUUGGGAGUGGAGUUAAAAAGGAAUCUGCUGAAUGAAUGGUGGAGUGAGAUGGUCAGCUCUCAGGAACAUGUCGUAGGUGUAGACAAUGCAACCUUCCAGAGCAGCACAGUCGCACAGAGCUCAUCCUCACCUGGGCAAAACGGUACUAGUACAUCACAGCAUAACCUUAGUGUCAGAUUACAUGAAGGCAAUGGAGAGGCAUGCCUGCAAAGCUCAUUGCAUGAUGGCUUAUUUAGCCACUAUUUCAACACAUUAUGCCUCUUGAACAGAAGGUUGCCUUUUGGCCUGGCACAGGUUGGUCCCUGCUUUAACAGGUCCUCCUCAUCUCAAGAACAUGAUACUUUCAUCUUCAAUGGCCUGCAAACGUCAGAGAUGUCCAUGCAGUUUUUCUCGACCCCUAAAACAAGCAAUCUGUCGUUUAACACCUGGCACAGAGACAGGUUAUCUUGGUGGAGAAAGUUUGCUGGCAUACCGUCCGACUUCACUGCAACAGACAUCAAAACGACAGAACACGUACAGUCGACUGAGAUACAGUACAAGUUUCCAUGGGGAGUAGACACGAUCGAGAGAAUAUCUAACCAUGGGAGCGUACCUGUUGAACAGAUGCAGGCCUCAUUUAAAACUGACAUGCAGGGAAAGGAUGGGAGAAAGUCUGUGAUCCCCCACAUGAUCGAGACCACAGCGUCACUAGAGGGCGGGCUCCUUGCCUACCUGGUGGACGGGUACCAGGAGAAGCAACGCACGGACACCAGGGGUCAGUCGGUGUCCAGGGAGAUCCUUCGGCUUCACCUCAGGCUGGCUCCACUCAAGGUCAUCGUGUUACCUCUCAGAGGAACCAAGGAACUCAGAGAGCUCUCGGACUACUUGGGCAAGGAAUUCAGGAAAGCAGGUGUCAACGUGAGGAGCAUCGUAGAAGUCUCUCCGUCCCUGGAGAAUUAUUACACCAUGUUUGAUGAGAUGGGCGUGCCUUUCACUAUACUACUGAAUGAGAACACCUUAAAGACCGGUAUAUUGAGAGUGAGGCAGAGAGACACAACUCUCAUGCAACAGCUCCACAUCACAGAGGUUAGAGACAUGAUCCUGCGUCAUUUAGAGGCAGACUGAGACACAUGGAUAGUCUUAGACCAGAGAUGCCAUCACCCCACCAGGUGCCUUUGAGCUGCUAAUACAAUUGCCAUCUGUCCAAGACAUGAUUCUGUGUCGUCCAAAGGCAGAAGGCAUGACUGAGUUAACACGAGAGAGGAUCAUGAAGAGCUGUGACUAUAUUACCAGUGAGCUGUUACCAUCUUCUUUCAUCUGUCCAAGACAUGAUCCUAUGCCGUUCUAAGGCAGAAAGCAUGACUGAGUCAACACAAGAGAGGACCAUGAAGAGCUAUGACUAUGUUACCAGUGAGCUGCUCAGAUCUUCUUUCAUCUGUUCAAGACAUGAUUCAGCGUUGUCUAGAGACAGAUUGAGGCAAAUCUGACUCCACCAAGAGGACCAUGAUGAACUAUCACUAUGCAACCAGUGAGCUUCUAAGAUGCUCUUGUCACUUGUUCAAGACAUGAUUCUGUGUCGUCCAAAGACAGAAGGCAUGACUGAGUCAAUCUAAGAGAGGACCAUGAAGAACUAUCACUCUGCCACCAGUGAGCUUCUAAGAUGCUCUUGUCACCUGUUCAAGAAACGGUCCUGAGACGGCUCGAGGCUGAAUGAUGCAGAUCAGAAUUGAUCAUAUACAGAGGUGCCAGUAUCAUCUAAUAUGUGAGCAACUACCAUGCUCUGUAGGGUUAUUGAUGUAAUUGUUGUUGCAAGUAU